AUGAGGCUCGAUCCGAGCAUAAGAAAAUUUGACACCCUCUACGAGUUUCACCAGGAACGCAGACACACAAAAGAGGACUACAUCACCCUUAGGCAAGAGGUUGUGAACAUACCGUAUCAAGGACACCUCAAAAAGCUGCUGAGUGACAAGGGGAGAAAUAACUUUGCGAGAGGUCGCGAACGUCAAGGCCCACCGAAGCCACCGUCACUGGCUCACACCAUCAUUAUGAUCAUUGGAGACAAUGAUGAUACCUCCAUCAACGACGUUAAAUUCACUGCUAGUCACAAGCUCAAAAGAUCUAUCACGCAUGAACGGUUUGACCGAUUCGAAAAAAGUAUCAUCUUCGAUGAGUUAGAUGCCGACGGUUUGACUUUCCAUUACAAUUAUGCUCUUAUCUUUACUUUACGAACUUUAGAUACUGAUGUCAAACAUAUCAUGGUAGAUGAUGGAAGUGGAGCGUGCAUUAUCCAUCCCCGAGUUCUCACCCAGAUGAGACUCAAAGACAAGGUAGUGCCAUGCCGCAUCACACAAACGGGUUUUAAUAAUGCAGUUGAAUGGACUUCGGGUGAAAUUACACUCCCUAUCUUGGCAGGUGGCAUAACUCUAGAUACAACGUUCCACAUUAUGGACUAG